AUGGGCCCUCCACUGUUCGACAGCCCCUGGGUGCUCCAAGAAAGAAUCCAAUCUUUAGGCGCAGAUAGACGGGGCGGGUUCCUCGGCGCUAAGAGCGGCAGUGCCGCUCCACCUAACCUGUCCAAGAGUUCUGCCACCAUAGUGACCGCCUGCAUCCAACGGCUGCGCUUUGGUGAUCAUCCAAACUUUUGGUCCUCCAACAUUUCAGGAGACAACAUGCCAGCGCUGGCAUUUGGGCUAGGUGCCAAACCCAAGCAGGGACUCUCCAGACCACCACAGAAGCGAAAGGCUAUCUUCGACGACGACGACGACGACGACGAUGACGAAGAUCGCGAUGAGUCUGAAUCAGCACCACCUCCUCCGCAGUUCGCAGCAAAGAAAAGUCUGAAGCCUUUGAAGCCGAUCUCUGGGUUUGACGACGACGACGACGGCAACCAGGAACCGGCCCAGAAGUCGCCAACAUUGUCGAAGCCGGGAUUGCAAGGUUCUGGGUCCAAGACUUUGAUUGGUGGAGGACCCGACAAAUACACGAACUUGUCUGCCCUCCGAUCUGCGAGGCUACAUGAUGAAGAAUCGUCGAAAAUCGACGCUUCGGUCUAUGACUACGAUGCAGCCUACGAAACAUUCCAUGUGCCCAAGGAGAAGAAAACCAACAGUGUCGAGGACUCGAAACCGAAAUACAUGGGUUCUUUGAUGGAUAGCGCUGACGUGCGGAAGAGGGACCAACUACGUGCCCGGGAGAAGUUACUGCAGCGCGAGAGAGAAGCAGAGGGAGACGAAUUUGCAGACAAAGAGAAGUUUGUGACUGGAGCGUACAAGAAGCAACAAGAGGAGCUCAAGAUCAUGGAAGAGGAAGAGAAGAAGCGUGAAGCUCUGGAGGAAGAACGCAGGCGUAAGGGAGGUGGAAUGACAGCCUUCCACAAACGCAUGUUGGAGAAGGACGAGGAACGGAUGAAAUCCAUCAAAGAGGCUGAAGAUGCGGCCCUGAAACGGAAAGAACACGGCGAGGAAGUCAUCGUAGAAGCUGAAGAUGAGGAGUCAGAGAGCAAGAUUGCUCAGGAACUGAUUGAAAAGGGCGCCAGAAUUAUUGUGAACGAUGAUGGAGAAGUGGUCGACAAGCGUCAGUUGCUCUCUGCUGGCCUCAAUUCCGCGCCAAAGAAACCCGGUACCCAACAGAGUACGGCGAACGCAAAGGCGACUUCUACUCCUCAAGAAUACCGGAAAUCCUCCAAAGCUCAAGACGCUCGAAUGUCUCAACGUGAGCGACAGACAAGAAUGAUGGAGCGUCAAAUCGAGGAAAUUGAGGAGAGGCAGAAGCAAGCCGAGGCAGAGGAGCAACGGGCGCAACAAGAGAAGAAUAAGAGCAAAAUCACCGAAUCUGAUAAGAUGGGUGCUCGGGAGCGAUUCCUGCAGAGAAAGAAAGAACGGGAAGAAGAAGCUCGGAAGAAGAAGGAGGCGGGAGGUUGA